AUGGACAAGACCGACAUUACAGAGGAGAUCAUGGAAAAACCACAAGAAAUUAUGCAAUGGUUCCCGCCUACCAACCUAAAGGAACUGGACGUUUGUGUACGUUUUGCUUCUCAGGAAGACUUCGGGAAUCUCCGUCAACUAGCGACUGAUUAUUCUCAGUAUCAGGAGCUUUAUAGCUACACAGUUUUAAGAUACCGAAAAGACUAUGAGGCCCAGCGAGCACUGCGAAUUAGGACGAUUCAUGCAUUCUUCCACCGCCAUAAAAUUACAGUGGCUGGCGCGGAAAACAUGGGCCGAGAGGAGCUUGAAAUGAAAUAUCAGCUGGCAAAGCUAUUCAUGUAUAGGAGACUUGUACAAGAAAGAUUUAUGGCCAUGAAAAGGGAAGAAGGGAAGUCAACAUGUAUCAUUACAGAGAUUACAGAUGACCAGGAUACCCCGUGGUAUUAUCGGCUAAUUCCGUGCUGCGCAGGUACCCAGAAACCAAAGGUAAAGAAACAAAAAAGAAAGAAAAAAAGCACUGGAGGAUCCAGACUGUUUGGAAGAAUUCGAAAAUUCUUCUGCCGACGCUCUCAGAAAUUAAAUGAAAAUUGA